CCUCCACCCCCGUCGGCAGCUUAAACUUAACUUAACAGCAGCGACGCGCUCAAACCCCCCCAAACAUAACCAGAGCUUGACACUGCUCGAACAGCCUUCAAUAUGGGCCUCAGCCUCAACAAUCCACUGCCCUCUUCUAUGAGCAGCGAAUGCAGAAAGACGGGAAAGAUUCUAGCAUCCUUCGUAGACCCAAAACAGGCUUUUGGACCUGACAAGAUCAUACCACCACACAUUCUUGCCAAUGCAAAGGGCCUCGCGAUUCUCACAGUCUUCAAGGCGGGCUUCCUUGGCACAGCGCGCUUCGGUUCAGGUGUCGUCGUCGCCCGUCUCGCCGACGGCUCGUGGUCAGCACCCUCAGCUGUCGGUACAAUCGGUGGCGGCUUCGGCGGACAGAUUGGCUUCGAGCUCACCGACUUCGUCUUCAUUCUCAACGACGCGUCCGCGGUCAGGACAUUCGCACAAGCAGGGUCAUUGACGUUGGGAGGCAAUGUCUCCAUCGCAGCGGGACCCGUCGGGCGCAAUGCGGAAGCUGCCGGCGCAGCAAGCUUGAAGGGCGUAGCAGGCAUAUUCAGUUACAGCAAGACGAAGGGGCUAUUCGCUGGUGUCAGUUUGGAGGGCAGCGGCAUCAUCGAGCGCAGAGAUGCAAACGAAAAGCUAUACGGCCGUCGUUGGACAGCGCGCGAACUGCUCAGCGGCUCGGUCCCUCCACCGCCCGCUGCUGAACCACUCCUGCGCAUUCUCAACUCAAGAGUCUUCGCCGGUGUGGGAGGUGCAGCCAAUGUUCAGAAUGACGCAAUGUACAACGAUAUCCCCGUCUACGACGAUUCGCACGACAACGUAGUCUGGCAAGGUCGCCAGGGCUCCGCAAUGGGCGAGGGCGUCAGAAGAGACCGCACAGGCUCUGUGGGCCAGGCAGACGACUACCAAUACAGCGACCGCCCCAAGCGCGCAUCGACCUGGGCAGACGACGUCUACGACCGCCAGCCUACAUCUGCAGGCGGCAUAAAUCGCUCCUUCUCCACCCGCGCAAACCCCAACGAGACUUUCGACAGCCUGGACUCACGCGACCGCUUAGGUUCACGCAGUCGCUCCUCCACGUUUGGCGACGACUACGCUUACAGUGACCGCGGUGGGAAGCCUGGACGACCGACAGCACCGAAGCCUGUAUUUGGCCAGAAGAGGGCAAGCUUAGGUUCGGAUCAGGCGAUUGCCAAGUUCACCUUUGAUGCGGAUCAGCCUGGCGAUCUGGGCUUCAAGAAGGGUGAGGUCAUCACGAUCCUCAAGAGGACAGACAACGAGACAGAUUGGUGGACAGGAAGGGUAGGUGACAGGGAAGGAAUAUUCCCAAGCAACUACGUCGAAACCGUAUAAAUGAGUUUCGAAUUCACGAUCGAAACGACUAGUUCUUCGUACGCUUAACGCUUUUUCUUCGCCUUGAUACCGCUUGCUCGCAUGGAACGAUACCAUAAGUUCUCCGUAUAUUUAGACUGGUACAACGCGCGGGUACUUGAGCUACAGCUCUCAUUUGAGAACUCGAUCUUGCUUCUAGUUAUAAAACUUCAUGGGCAUCACACGGUAUCCAUGCUGAGAUCUAAAGCUUCGCAUGAUUUACGCUUCUGUUUUAGGCCCUUUUACUUUCAGAUACCUACAUACUUAGAGAAGAGAUUUGACGUGGUUUAUUUUGCAUGAAUUCUUUUCCAAGUUCUAGUUCUCCAUAUAUUUACGUGCCU